AUGAAGCAUGCGGGACUGAAAUGUGAACCCUCGAAGUGUGAAAUCCUCAGAGACUCCAUAAAGUAUCUAGUACGCCUGGUGGAUAAGCAUGGAUUGAGACCAGACCCCGAAGCGGUCGAAGCGGUUUUGACCAGGAAGGCACCCAAGACAGAUACACAACUGAUGAGCUUUUUGGGGUUUGCUAACUAUUAUCGGGAGUUCGUCAAGCGAUACACCGACAAGAUACACCCAAUGCAACAGUUGAUGAGAAAUAAAGGAAAAAGCUCACUUGGACCGAUGAGGCACAAGUUUCAUUUAAAAACAUUAAACAAGAACUUUGCGAGGCAACAGUCCUCGGCAUGGCAACAGAGAUGGGGAUGUUUGUGUUAG